GUACGAAGAUGAGUGGAGUAACUUCGUUAGAAGGCUCGUUAACAUUUGUGGAUAUUGAAUACAAACAGUGAAACAACGGCUGUAGCGAUGACCUAUUCUUAUGAGGCGAAAAUAGCGCAGGUUAUUCAGGGUCACGCCAUGGCGAAUAGCGAUAAAUAUGAAUACGAAGCCACGAUCUCUGCCACACUCUCGGACAACGAAACCCCUACGACGAUGACUACCCUCCCUAACGCGUCCGACGAUGGUGCGCAGCGUCGUGCAUCUGGAGAGACGAUGACUACGACGAUGAAGGCACAGAGGAUGGAGGAGGCGGAGGCCGAAGGAAAACAGAGCAACAAGGAAAAACGACGUAGCGAUCCGGUACCGAAGGGAAGUCCGGAAAUAUCCGACAAAGAGUCGAAAGGGCCGCCGCUGCCAUUCCUCCGAUUGCGCAGUUUUAGGCGCGAAGAUUCUUCUAGCAGCGACGGCGGCGGCGGCGGCGAACCCAAAACGCCCGACAGCGCAGCAGAAGACAAGGAGUCUAAAAUCAGACCCUUGUCUUUCAUGAAAGUUCCCAAGCUGAAACGCGAAAAGUCCAACUCUGAAAUUCUGGAAAGGAAGAAGAAGCGCGUCAAGUUUUCCCCUAACGACGAUGACGGGGACGUGUUGGUCGACACGCGGGUGUUCGAACCACAGUUCGCCGGUUGUAGGGUCGGAGAAGACGACGACGCCGGCAGCGAUGUGUCCUGCAAGAUCAAGAAGCUCCUCAGAAGGAGGUCUAGAAGGAAGCAGUCAAGUAUAGAGACACAGACGGACGGUGAGAAAAAGAGGGAAAUAGAAAACAAGGAGAAAAGACUAACAAGCGAUGAUGCGUUUGUCACAAGUAAACCUCCAUCCUCUGCUCAACAAGACAGAGUUGCUGAUAUAGCGAUACACGAUAAAGAUGGUGGUGUAUGUUUUCACGACAUCAGCUCUCCAGAAAAAGAUGCUCUUAACAUCCAAGCUAGUGCCUCAGACAGUCUCCAAGUUUUGAAUGACGAGCAGCCUUCCUCAGGUACAGCACAUGAUGGUGCUAACACAGUCGUCCAAGAAGCAGAAGUGCCAUAUUCACCAGACCAAAGAGGGAGCGUACUCAGCACAUCUCACAGUGUUGCUGUCUCCCCUGAAAAAGCUCUGUUACGAGAGGAGCAAGAACUGGAAAUAAGUGGCAUUAAAGAUGCACAAGAAAACGCGCAGGUUCCUAGUGAAAGCAACCUGUCUACUUCCUUUGAGGAUGACUUAACCUCCACUACCUCCCAGGGGUCUGUCAAGAGGGAAGGAACUUUUACCCUUGAUGGUCCUCCUCCAGCCAAAAUCACGAGGUCAUCCUGUGACGUUGCAGAAGACACUGCCGUGCCACUUGGUAACACUCCUCCUAGAGAGUCUAUCAUGGAACCCCUUCACUUCUUUGUAGAUCUGAGUGGAAGUGAAGGAAAACCAGAGCCUGACAACAAAAGCAAAGAGGUAAAUAGUAAAACACCCAAGAAUGUCCAAUCAGUUAAAUCUGUUAGAAUUGUAGAGCCAGCACCCAAAAAGCAAGAAGAAUCUAGUUUGACAGUAAAGGCUCUGAAGAACACUGCAAAGAAAACCUUUGCUUGUGCCUGGAGAACAGCACUAAAGUCACCUGAUUCACCUGAACAAACACCAAAAGCUGCAUCAAAGUUAGCAGCAGCCAGGCCAAGAACUCCAUCAAGAUCAGAGUCAACAACACCAAGAUCCUCUCCAACAAAGUCAGACACUCUUCAGAGAUCAUCUCCAACAAAACAGGAUUCUUUAAGCAGAUCAUCACCAACAAAGGACAAAUCAAGCAAAGUGAAUUUCCAACGUAAAUUAAGUGAUUCCAAACUAAAGAGUGUCACACUGGAGAAGAUACCAGAGCCUAAAAGUCCUAAGGAAUCCCUAAGAUUAAGCCGCCCCUUGAAAAGGACACCCCAUCAGCACCCAGACUCCCCUAGGACACCACCAGAAAGAACUUCCGUGUGGGCUGGGGUGUCACUUCCGUCCUUCAGAAGAGAGGGGACAUUUACCAAAAAGUAUGACUCUGAAAGGGAUAGGUUGCAGGCUGAGUGUAAUAGGCUCAACGUCGAAAAGGAGAGACUUCAGAGCGAACUGAACGAGGCACGCGAAAGGCUGGACGAAGAGGUAGCGGCACGGAAAGCUCUCAAGCGCAACAACGAAAUGAGUCUCAGGCAGCUCCGAGAGGACGAGAUCAAGAGGAGUGAGCUACUCAUUGCCGAUAUGAGGAACAGACUCGAGGACGAGAAACGCGAGGCCUUGGCCUUCCAGCGGGAGUCCCUGAUGAGGACUCACGAGUCCGAGCUGCUGAAGCUCGAUAGGGAAAGGGACGACGGCCAAAGGAAGCUACUGUGCGAGGCUCGCCUCACCGAAGAGAGGCUUAAGGCCGAGAUGAGGAGGGAGACUCACAGACUAGAACAGCAGCAGCAGCAAAAGGAACCUGCGAAGCAGUGUUGCCACACCAGCGAGAGAGAAGUCGAGAGGCUGAACCGCGAUCUGUCAACACUGCGGGAUCACAAGAAACGCCUAGAAGAGAUUGUACAGACCCUCCAGGAAACAGAACGAAAGAGGGCGGGCGAACUCCGUAGACUUCACGAAGAACAUGAGGCGGCCACCGCAAAAAUUUAUAGGAUUAAUAAGACUGAAGCAGCCAAGCUGCUGGAUGAACUCCGUGCCAAAGAAAGGACCAUCAAUAAUUUGGAAAAGCAGGUCAGCGCACAAUCAGCCAAAAUUCGUCUCCAGGAAGAAAAGCAAAGAGAACUCAGCAAUGACCGGAGCGAAGAUGGCCGCAAACAAUCGACUCGGGGUGGAGGGUCCAGUGUGAGCAGCAAGAAGAACAAAGAAGGAGGAAGCAACAAGGAUGGAAGAAUACGAGAGAAGUGGAGAUUUCGCCUCCCAUCUUGUACCAUGAAGGAGUCGAGCAGUAGCAGCAUCAGCACUGCCAGCAACCUCAGCAACAGCGGCAGCAGCCUCGGCAGCAACGUAAUUCUCAUCCCUCCUCCUUCGAUCACCCCAGUCCCGCCCACCAAGUCCUUCGCCACCACCCUGAUGGAGCAGUCGAUCGAGUCGGGGAUCUCCAUGGCCUCGGAGAACGAGGACCUCCGUCUACAGCUGGAGAAUGCCAGGCUGGAGGUCGACCAGCUGCUCAAGAAGACCCACGAACAGCAGGAGACGAUCGAGGCCAACCUACUGAAGAUCGCAGAGCAGAAGGAGAUCAUUGACGAUCAGCAGAUCAAGAUCCACGAUCUGACAGAGGAAGCCAUGGCCAUGGAUCGUGAAUGCAUGGCCCUGGCCACCUCCCCUCCCGUCUGGCCUCCGAGAAGAGAAUCAUGUGUAAAGGUAUGCGAGCUGCCCACCGUCCUCGAGCAAUCCAGCGACGAAGAACUGUCGCCAACGUCGUCUCCGACGACACCCGAUCCCUCCCCUCGCCAUACCUUCGCCCACCAAGAGGAAGAAGACCUCUACGACGAGGAGACAGACCACCCACACACACCCACCGCCUUCCUCACACCCACGACGCCCGGUACUGAAGCCCCUAUCUGGCCACAGGCGACGGACAACAAAUACGGCGGUCAAUACGCUCAACUAUCAAGAGUUUCUGACGAGUGGCAGAAUCUGCUGGCAUCAACAUCCAAUGCCAGCUCUCCGUGUGUAGAUAUUGGAGAUAAAGACUGUCUCGCACAGUGGUACUCAUCGAGCCGUGUCCUGGAACUAGAGGCUCAGAAUUCCCGCCUGGAAGCCGACCUGCAGGAGGCCAGAGACCACGCCGACCUCUUGGAAUUCCGAAUUCUGGAGUUUACGGAAGGCGAUAGGAUAUCGGAAGCUGGCGUUUGCGUUCAGACCUGCGAUCAGUCAACUGCCACAGACUUUGAUGACGUCAGCAUACCAACAACCAACGAAGAUCUGUCUCUGCCGUUGUCUAUUGAUUCUGGCCUAGACAUUUCCAACGAUUACAAGGCCCGCAUAACCGAAGGACGCGCGUGGUUAGCUCAACUUUCCCUCAACGACCCAGACUCGCCCGCCGCCCAACACUUGGCCGCCCUCCUGGACUGGGUUGCGACCAUUCCCCCGACCCACACCACCCACCAUGGUCUCUCCUCACCCAUGAGCCCCACCCUGGCUACCCCUGCGCCCACGCCUAAGUCUGGGAUGGGCGGGGAAGAAGAAAUCCGAGGCGACAUCGGACGGGACCUCAUGCUCCUUGCCGCCCGCCUCCAGGAAUCCCUCAAUGAUCCAACCGCUCAAGAACCCUUGCUGCUCGAUACCAUAGCGAAGCUACGCGUGUUGGACGCUUCCCUGUCCCAGCUACAGGAGAGGGUAGUCAGCUUGACGGAGGAGAACCGCGAACUCCAGGAGGCCGUGACGACCCUGAGCGAUGCCCACGAAACGCGCACGGAGGCCUCGGGCACCGAGAGCGAACUGGUACACCGGAAGACGCCCUCGAUCCAUUCGGACUUGAGCGACGCGGAGGAGAGCGACGCUCCCGAGCACGCCCAACAACACCACAGGUCCGUGAAACUGGUCACCCUGGAUGCCUCGACGAGUUUCCAGGAGUCGGGCAUCUUCGACACGUCGUGCGAGCUCGUCCACGUCACCACCCAGACAGAGCUGACGCAGGUAACUGAUGCCGCCUUGCUGGAGGCUGAACGCCACAAGUCGGAGUGUGAGCUCAGGGAAGCUGAGGUUGAUCUGCAGAGUGCUGUGGCUCGGUUGGCCACCAUCAGGUCAGCUGUUCAGGGCCGCGAUCUUAGGCAUCUCAGGUUGCAAGAUUUGCAGGAAAGCGACGAAUACUUACGGACGUGUCUGGACGAGCGAGUGGUCCUCAGCAAGCUCGAGUACGACGGCAUUGUGGAGAGCGAGCGAUGCCUCCAGAGGGAACUAGAGCACCUCAAGUGCGAGAAGGAUCAGUUGGGGAUCGAGUGUGACGCUUUAAGAGGCCAAAUCAGGGAUUAUAAGGCCAGCCGUGGCACUGACGCCGAAGAGGCGCUGAAAGGCGAGAUCAGGGUCUUGAAGCAGAAGCUGAUGGUCUCCGAGCGGUCAAGACUGCAGGUCUUCGAAGAAAAGUGCGAACUCGAGGAGGAGGAGAAUGAUUCUCGUCUCAUGGUUCAGAGGUUGGAGGCACAGAUGGAGGCAGCAAGGGAAAUGGAAAAUCUUCUUAGCGCUUCACUGUCACAAGAACAAGAAAUCUCAAGAGAGCUCCAUCGACGUGUGAGGGAUCUACAGAUCCUAGAAAAGGAACAUCGAGGACGUUUGGAGAAGUUGGAGCAAGUAAGUCGAGAAGCAGAAGAAAAGGCUGUAACCUUAGCUGCAGCAAGAGAACAAUUAGCCAUGCAGCUCACUUUUGCUGCGUAUGGCUUGAUGCUUGUCGACAGUUGGAGAUUGAUGGUGCCAAACUCAACUGCUGCCAUUGUUCCAUACACAGGAAAGACCUUGAAGGUGUCUCCUGAAGUCUGCCCUACCAUGACUGCUCACAUGACCACUGAGGUUCUUGAUCACAGAGAAUCAAGGCCCACUGUAACCGAUCGUGAUAAGUGUUUGUGUACCCCUGUGAUGUGUCAUGUCCACGUUCAAACAUGCAAAGAGUUCCCAGUAGUCAGUGCCGCUGUACAGACUGAUGAUGUUGAUGCUCAAUGUGUUAAUAAGGAAUCUCCUAACCUUAAUGUUGGUGUUGACCAUGGCCAAAGAAGAUUAGCUAUUAGAGAUGAGGAUGAACCCCUCAACAAAAGGCCAAGAAACACCAGAAGUCAGUCCACCAUGACCUUUACAUCUGAAGGUCCCACAGAGAGGGAACAGUACUAUCUUGAGCAGAUCGAAGCCCUCCAAAGAGAAAAGAUCAAUCUUAGAAAGGGCCACGAAACUGACCGAAGAGACUCCCUCCAGCAACACAGUGAUCUAGAGGAAGUAAUGGAAGAAAUGCGGCAGGAGCUUCAAGUAGCAAAAGAAGAUAACUGCACACUUGUUUUCCGCCUUGAGGAGACACAAGAUAAAAAUGAAGAAAUGAAACAGAAUUACGUGCAUAAAAUAGAAGAGCUUAAAGGAGAUAUGUCUCGGUAUAAGGAGAUGUAUGAGCAAGAGAAGAAAUCACUGCAGAAGGAUUAUGAACUUCGUGUAAAGGAAGUAGAGAAAUUGAGAGAUUUUCAAGAAGAGCGGGUUCAUCAGCUGGAGAUACAGCUCGCCAACUUUAGGCAAGAGCUUGAAAUAGUUGGUGUUUCACUCGCUACUGAUCUAGUGGAGUUUGACACUGACAUGGAAAAUGUACUCUCCCAAGGCAGUCCAUCUUCGCUGAAAUGCGCUGACGACGGGGAACUCAUCAAGAAGAUAAGAGAGCUUGUGAAAUCCGAGACAGCUCUUAGGCAGAAAAUUUAUGAUCUAGAGAAAAAGGAGUGUGCAUAUCGUGAAACAAUUCGUGAAGCAGACAAAAUUAUGUCCAGCCAUGUAACAUCCUAUAAACAAAGAAUAGAAGAUUUGGAGGCCACUAUUGAACAACAGGUCUCUCGAAUCCAACAGCUUGAAGCCUCAGAAGAACGCCUUAGAGCUUCCCUACGGAAUAAUUCUAGGACAAGUGAAGGUGCCCGCAUAUCAGAUUUGUUGGAUCGCCUCAUUGAAACAGAAAAUUCAGAGCUCAAACUCAAAGAGAGGGUUUGGACUCUUGAACGAAGUGAGAAGGAAUUGCAAAUAAAGUUGAUGGAAGGAGAAAAGAAUAAUCAGUCACUCAGAGGUGAAUUGCGUGAUCAAGAAGAACUUGUUCAUCGCCUGAGAGCUUUAGAAACUGAAAAUAAUGCCCUCUCUGUUGAACUUAAUCAGGCGCAGGAUUCUGCCCGAAAAAUGAGUGAGGUACAACAGAGUGAAAGUUACUUACGUGGUCGUGUGGAAGAGUUGGAAGUAACGGAAAACAUGCUCCGAGAGACCCUUCACCAAGCUGACCUCAUAUUGGCCCAAAGGGAACGAAAACUCAGGGAUCAGGUUUCUUCCCUUCAAGAAGAAGUACAAGCUUACAAAGCUCAGCUAGAAGCUGCGGCAUCAAAAGAAUAUGGUGCUCGGGAGUCAGAAAUAUCAUAUAGAAGACAGUUAGAAGAGCUGAAGAGUCGAUUGGCUGAUGCUGAAAGAGAAUUGAAGGAAUCCUCUUCAGAAACAAUGAGUCAUGAAACACAACAUCGCUCUGAGGUAACAAAACUUCGGAAUCAGCUAAAACUUAGUAACUCACAGUUAACGGAGCUUGACAGGCUGAACUGUGAACUCCGUGAUCGGGUGUUAGCUGCUCAAGCUGAAGGACAGCGCUUGGCAAAGGAGUUGGAGGAACGUGGCCGACGACACGAACAGGAUCUGAUUAGCUUUAACCUCCAGAUGUCCUCUCGUGAUUCACACAUUGAGGAAAUGGAACAUCAGAUAGAACAAAUAAGUCAUGUCCAUGCAGUCAGCGAACUAGAUGCCCUUGCAUCAUCGCCGAUCGCUUCACUCCAUGCUUCUAUAACUGCUCUUACCUCAGCACUUAAGAACUGUGAGUCUUGUAAAGAAACUCAAAGCGGCACCUUAACGGAAGUGACAACGCAGCUAGGAACAUUAGCUGAGUUACUGGAGGGUCAGAGUAACUCGGACAUUGAAGAUAUUGUGUCGGAUACUGAUGAGGAAGAACCUCAUGAUGCAGAAAACUUGGCCCAUGAAGCAACUUCGACCCCCCCUCCUAACCCCGCUGGGGAGGGGCCUAGGGAACACUCAAGCGGGGAUGUCGUCUACUGCUCCACUGGUGGGAGGCUGAAGAGAGACUUCCGAAGAAGGAGCAGAAGGCGGUUAGAGGAGCGCAGCAAUAGGAGGCUAGUGCGCCCUCAGGGCUCUACCACCAUCCUAGAAGAGCUGGAGGAGAAGGUGCGGGAGCUAGAGGAAGCUGUAGGACGCAAAGAUGAAGAGAUCCGUCUUGCUGAUGAUGAGAAUUGUGAACUAAAUAGCCAGUUACAGAAGAGAGAUGUAGCACUUCAACAAAAGGGUGAAGAGGUGGAGAAUUUAAACUCCACUUUGGCUAGCCUCCGUCAACAGUUGAUGCACACAAUGGAAGAUUAUGAAAGGUCAAAACUUUCCCUUCAGGCAAAACACAAGGUGGAUGUUGAACAGUUUACACAUCAGAUUGAGCAGCUUACAAAAGAGGUAGAACAACUGGUCUGCCGAGGGAAACUAAAAGAUUCCAUCAUUUCUACACUUGCUAGUCAGAUCAGGGCUAUUCUUAGAUCUGGCAAUAUGAGUGUAGUGAUUAACCAGCUGCGUCGACUGCAAGAAGUAGAUAGUGAUCAGGAGAAGGCUAAUAGCGAAGGAAUGAGUACAACAGAUUUUGAUGUUGAAGCAGUUUGUUCGCUCCUCAACCAGCCUGAUGAGAUGGUUUCCUUGUCUCAGUCCGCCUUCUUGAAUGGGAUAGAGCCAUCUAGUUAUGUGACUUGUGAGUCCAAUUUGCCCUGCAGUUCACAGGAACCCACUAGUCACGUGACGUGUCAAGGCUCUCCUUCAUUGGUUGAACGCAGAAAAUCUCGCAUACCACGAUAUAUUCCCUCUCCAUUGUCAUUGUCAAGUCCAAAGUCUACACCUGUACCUGUGGAUAGAAAGUCACUUAAGCAAAGUUUGAUGCCUGAUUGUGCCAAAUUGAAGGCUGAAGAACUGGACAGAAAGGCCAAAUCUAAAGUAUCGUGCGAGCAGAGAGUAAGAUCAACAUCUGAAGCAGCUCAUCAUUUCAAGUUUACUGCAUCAAUAGCUGUUAAUAAAGUUUUAUCUGAGCCUAUGGAAACAGAGUCUACUCCAGAGGUUAGGGAGGAAGAUAAAAUUCCUUCAUCACCACCAUCUGUAGAAGAAAAGGCUAUUGCAUCCACUACAUCUACAAAAAUCACAGGCAGAAAGGAUUCGACCAGACGAGAACGACCAGCUAGAUAUCUCUCUGAUGCAAGGAAAAUAAAGCGUAUGGUGACUGGUGUUGCUCCUUUAGAUGCUGCUGUAGACUGUGCUUCUGCACCUGAAUGGCGAUCAAGAUCGCCCCUAGGUAGCACAUCUGAAGUGGAGGUCACCUGUGUUCCUCGUCCUCAAAACCUUCACAUCACCCGUAGGGUUGGAGUGGAUGGGGUGGUAAUUGCAUGGGCUCCCUUGGAACAUGAUUGUGUUGCUGGUUUCCAGGUACUCGUAGGUGGAAGAGUGGUUCAACAUGUCAGGUCACCUCAUCGCACAAAAGCUCUUGUCACUGGGCUUCCAUUAGCAGGGUCCUUCACAAUUGGUCUGGUGACUGUGGCUGAAGAUGGCCGCUGUUCCACUCCUGUCAUUGUUACACAGGAUCGUACCAGAGUGUACACAAGUAGGAGCUCGUCAGUGCGCCCUUUGCGUAGAGGUGUACCCACUUGCCUUUAAUUUAGUUUGUACUACAUCAUCAAGAGCCCAUCCAUCACCUCGUCCAUUUCAUCCCGUCCUUGACCAGUUUGUUGCCUUGGAGUAGAUAUCUGCUGGCUGCAAUAUAAGAGGGUUACCUUUGAAAAUAUGAUACAAUUAUGACUAUGCCAUAUAAAAUUUCAUAUGUGAUGAAAUCAAAGAAACCCUUAUCGAAUUCUGAGUGCCAAUUACUUAAGUUAAAUCUUUACAGUGUAGGCAUAGCAGAAUUUGAUGCUCUGGUCGAAUGUCAUUUUCAUUUGUUAAUUAUUCAUCCACAUCGUGUUACUGUCUUCCCAUUACUGUUCAAGCCCUUAAUAUAUCAACUCAGAAAUUUACCGUAUCUAAGGGAAACUAACCAAGGAAGAAGGCCUUUCAUAAUAUAAUGGUUAUUUAUACUGGACCACACUGACUAACACCAAAUAACUAUUACCAAUUUGAGACAUUUUAGCUAAGAGAUCGUGGUUUUAAAGUGUGUUAUUUGCAUGUUCUCUGCCAUCAUAGUGAUACUGUAUAACAAAAAAAGUAUUUUUACCUUGUGUAUGAGUUAAAAGGAAUUAAAUAGCAAAGAAAUAUAAAAAAAAAAUGUUUGACAGUGUUUUGGAGACCAGGGAAACCAGUUACGUAAAUGUACUUUUCUCAAGGUGCUAUUGUUAAUCUAUAGAGUAUUAGUAUACCCAAAGCAAGCAAGUUACAUGCCUUAAUUUUUUGCACCAAAACAUUGUUAAAGGUUAAAGUGCUAGUUUGAUAUAGAUCAUUAACUGUUUAGAUCUUAUUUGAUGUAGGGUUUGGUCUGGAGGAAGGUUCGACGUGUGUGUUCUUUGCUAAUUGCACGUGUUGCAAAUGGAUUAGUUUGGAGUGCUAGUUUUCAACAGAUAUCAGUGUCAGUCUGAUUCCAGGCCAAAUAAAAUGAUGCGUGAUUUUUUUAAGGGAAAAGUGUUUGUACGGUCAGUUUGGGCUUGUGGUUGUUUUUACCCUUUUUCAUUACUUCAUUUUGCUACCAUUGUUUUUUUUCUAAAAAAUAUAUAUAUAUUAUAUAAUUUAUUGAAAUUCAUCUUAUCUGCAACCAAAAUUUUAGGCCAUUGUUAGAUAUAUUAUUUAUCUAGACAAUCAUACAAAGACUGUACAGGUUAGCCAAGAUUUUUUGUAGUUCCUGUAAAUACAUUGUAUAGUGCCAAAUGAACAGAAAUAUUGUAUUCAUAUUUUAUUCAAAAGUAUUCAGUAAUCACAUUUUAUUCUCCACCCUGUACAUAGGAUUUGUAAUUGGCUUAUUGUUAUCUAACUAAAUAUAUAUUGAGGAAACAAA